AUGCCCUAUCUCCGAACGAAUGAACUAAUUCACAUCGAUGUUAGAAAGCACUUCAACCAUGACACAUUGGCUGUAGUCUGUAUAUGUAGGGAUUCUGAUACAGGUCUCCUGGACACGCUGGCCAAAAACUUCGAUGGGAUGCGGCAAGCCCCAAUUUUGUUGUUGAUUCAAAUUGACAUGACAGAAGAGCUGCUCCAGAAGAUCUUGAACAAAGUUGAAGAGUAUCACUUUCUGUGGAUGCUUAUCCUUGAGGUGAGAGAGCCACCCACAACUUCUAUUCUCCGUCUGGAGCCUUUCCAUCCGCAAUUUCAUCGAGUUGAUAACUUACUUACCAUUAAGGACUCAAUUUUCUAUGCUCCGGAAUUGAAUUUUAAGGGCAGAACUACAUAUAUUCGUCCUAACUGGAAUUCGCCCUUUAAAUUCUACAAAAAGCUGCCCUCUAACGACACUAUGCCCGUAACCCGCAUACAGGACUUUGCGAUUAUCCAAUUUGCCUUGAAAUAUAACCUGAGUCUCAGAGUGUUGAACUCUUCCAAUACAUCCGUGACGCCUGACAUCCGAUUGAGAACGCGAAUGCAAUUAAACAUGUCUAAUAUGACCAAUGUUAGUCCCUAUGACAUAACUUCGCUGAAGGUAAUUGUGCCCUGUGCCAGGCAAUGGAGUGUUGGGGAAGCCUUCAUGCGCAUUGAUAUCAGAUCAUGGCUCGCCCACAUUGUCUUAGUCUAUGCCUUAUUCGUGGCGACGGAGACGUUCAUUCUCGUGGUGACCUAUAGGAUAUCCGGUCAAGCCUACCGUCUGACCGUACUGAAUCCCCUGGUGAACCUUCGUGCCUUCCGUGCCAUUCUGGGCAUGUCGUUCCCCAUCAGUCGGAGAGGCAGCCUCUCACUCCGGCAGCUAUCACUGGCCAUCAGCAUUUUUGGGCUUAUCUUUAGCAACUUCUUCAGCUGUAAAUUGAGUGCUCUGCUCACGAAGCACCCUCACCAUGCCCAUGUCGAAAACUUCGAGGAGCUGCAGGCCAGUGGCUUACCCGUGAUAGCGGCUCAGACUUAUCGCCGAUUUAUAGAAAGUGGUUUUGGACCAAAACUCAACUUGACAAAGCUUACAUAUGUGCCCGAAGAAAAGGCAUUUGGACGAACGACUAUGUGCAACUCAGCGAACCUGACCUUCAUCCAGCGCCUGCCCAUGAUGUAUGAAUUGAAAAACAAUUCCAUAUUUGAAAGACCCUUAGUGAGGUACUUGGUUCGACUCAAGGAGGCUGGAUUCAUUGACCAUUGGAUGACAAAUUCGUCUUACUAUGCACGCAGAGUAUUCAUCACUAUCUGUGAAAACGAAGAGCGGAAGGAUGUACCUUUAUCCAUCGGCCACUUGAAAUGGGUAUGGUGUGUUCUUGGAUGUGGGCACGGGCUUGCCCUAGUAACAUUCAUCAUUGAGAUCCUUUUAGGGAAUCGAAACAAAAGGAGUUCGGCACCCAAAGUUCACAUCUCAGUGGCUUAA